CCAUAGCUGCAUGGUGAGGAGGAGGAGGAAGAGGACAGAGGACAGCCCCAGACUAGGAUCUACAGGUCUCCUGACAUCGACCUCUACCUGGCCGUUGGCUAUGCUGUUCCUGACUACUCUCAGAGGAGGAAGCAGCCUAUGCCAGCCGGGCUGGUUCCCUUGUGACUCGGAUAACUUGUGUGUGGAACGAAGGUUCAUCUGCGACAGGUACUACGACUGCCCUGACCGUAGCGACGAGUGGAACUGUACUGACCAUCACGUAGACAACUUCGUGGAUAUGUUGUACCGCAAGCGGCCGGAUGAGGACUCGGAGAAGAGACGGGGUAAAUGUGAGCUGGAAGACCCUCCUGAAAGCUGCCGCUGUGCCGACUUCAGCCUCUUCUGUGAGUCGCGCUUCCUGUCCAAAGUGCCAGUGCCACUGCCAGUGUCAGCCCGCUACCUAGAUAUUUCUGGAAACUUGAUCGAGGAAUUGGAUGCCAAGAGCUUCACUGCCUUGCCGGAGCUGCAAGUUCUAGUUGUGAUCCGGGCUGGGGUUCGAUCCCUCAGGAGAGGCGUCUUCUCUACUAUGUCCAAUAUUAACGAGAUCCACUUCACAGGUAACGCACUCCACACCUUAGACAACGGAACAUUAGUUGGCACCAGCUCUCUCUCCCACCUGCAACUGAGCAGCAACAACAUCAGUGACCUUCCAGAUGGCUUCUUCAUUCAUAACACCAACCUUCAGCGCCUAGAACUUAAUGAUAAUAACUUGGCUCAGUUACGUCCGGCUAUGUUCUGUGGCCUUCGCAACCUUCUCAAUCUGUACAUAGAGAGGAACAAGAUGGAUCACAUAGGUGAAGAGGUGUUCACAGAGAUGCCCCGUCUUCAGUUUCUCUACCUGGGCACCAACCUCCUCCGGACCGUGGCACCCGGCGCUUUCUGUGGCCUUCAUCACUUGCACCUGUUGUCUCUAGAAAGGAACCACCUGAUUACCUUGGCCAACGGGACCUUCUCAGGUCUGGCCCAGCUGAAGACACUUGUACUUCAAGACAAUGGUAUGAGACACCUUGAGCAGGGGGCGUUUAGCGAUCUAGUGUCUGUUGAGUCUAUGAACCUUGAAGGCAACAACUUAGAGGAACGACCCGAGACUGAUGUGUUUGGGGAGAUGACAAGCCUCGAGUACAUAUAUUUUGACGAGUUCCGGUUGUGUUCGCUGGCACUGCAUGUGCGCGUCUGUGAGCCCAAAGGCGACGGCAUCUCCUCUGUUGAACACCUCCUGGACAGUCUUGUCCUUCGAGUCAGUGUGUGGGUGAUGGGCGUCCUGGCCUGCGCCGGAAACCUGCUGGUCCUCAUUGGACGUUUAGUAGUUAAGGAAACCAAUAAGGUCCACUCCUUCUACAUCAAGAACCUCUCCCUCUCCGACCUGCUGAUGGGAGUAUAUCUCUUCAUCAUCGCCUCCUACGACGCCUUCUUCAGAGGGUCAUACAUUCGUCACGAGUACUCCUGGAGACGGUCUUGGCAGUGUAACCUGUGUGGGUUCCUGAGCACUCUGAGUUCGGAGGCGUCGGUGUUCACCCUCACUACCAUCACCCUCGACCGCUACUUCUCCAUCGUCCACCCGCUCACGCUCAAGGAGAGGACGCUGCCCAUCGCUGUCGGGGUGAUGGUCGCCACCUGGUCCCUGGCAGCGCUCCUGGCCAUCCUCCCUCUCCUUGGCAUCCACUACUACGGCGACAACUUCUACGGCAGUAACGGCAUGUGUCUCCCUCUCCACAUCCACGACCCCUACGCCAAGGCAUGGGAGCACUCGGCGAUCAUAUUCAUCGGCUUCAACCUCGUGGCCUUCAUGUUCAUCGCCUACGCUUACGGCAGGAUGAUCUUGGCCAUCCGGGAGUCGCAGAUGUCCCUCAGGUCCACCCAGGAGAAGCAGGACCGGAUCCUGGUCAAGCGCUUCGCCUUCAUCGUCGGCACCGACUUCCUCUGCUGGAUGCCUGUUAUUAUAAUCAAGGUCAUAGCGCUCGGAGGUGUUGUGAUCGACAGGACCCUCUACGCUUGGCUGGCUGUCUUCGUUCUUCCUGUUAACUCAGCCCUCAACCCUAUCCUCUACACCCUGGCUACCAAGAUCUUUAAACAACAGGUGGUGAAGAUGGUGUUUAACAUGAGUCGGUGGCCCGUGGCUCCGCCAAGAGCCGGCACGGACUCCAACCCUUCCAACUCUUACGUUAUGAUCUACAGAGGUCGUUUCCAGACAGCUCAGAUGUCCACCCGAACAGCGUCGACCUGGCUACAGAAACCUCGAAACUACAGUUUGGAGCACCGAGGCCCGCCAGGCGCCGCCCUGGCUGGGCCCACGACGUGUACCUGCCCGCCCUCUUGCGAUAUAUAAAGUUCCCUCACAACAGAUACUUUGCUCUACUUUCCUCUUGGGAUCCCACGGCCCUCUCUGGCCGCCCACUACAUCACUGCCUCGUCUACCACAAUGUGUGAACCGCAUCACCGGCAUCAAGAGAAGCUCCAGCGUGCGACUACUGACAGGUUAAGCGGUAAAUUGUUUUCAUCUUGGACAUGAGGGUCCUCCCAUGUCUCUGCCUUUCCCUCCAUCGAGGUCUCAACAUCACUCGGGGCAUAAACAGUGCUUCUCGCUUGCCACAUCAGAGGCUCUCAACCUCUCACAGCCAUCAACCUCUUCAUGACCGAUUGUAAAAUAUUUUGUACAGUAUUUUUCCUGGAGAAACAGCUUAUGUAUACUGGAUCUCUUGUCCUAUUAAAAAAAA